CUUAGAUUCACCCAGAUUCACCUAUGGUACGGAAACAAAACAAAUUGGAAAAACAACCCAUGCGGUUCUCUGCUCUCCUUAUCUCUUCUGGUUUUGCUGAAUUCUUUAAUACGUUUUUGCGUGGUUUUGCAUCGUUAUCACGUCCACAGCUCUAAAGUUUUGAGAAAACUCACAAUUUUAAGAAUCUUUUGAAAAUGUCGUCCAGUGAGUCAGAGCAUGAGCCGGACAUCGAGGAUUCGAAUAUUGCAGCAGAAGAGGAGCUAACAACCUUCAAAGAUCUAGGCGUUGUCGAAGUUCUGUGCGAGGCUUGUGAACAACUGAAAUGGAAAACACCAACAGCAAUUCAAAAGCAGGCAAUUCCCCUGGCAUUAAAAGGACGUGAUGUCAUUGGCUUGGCAGAAACAGGCUCUGGCAAAACGUGUGCCUUUGCAAUGCCAAUUUUGCAACAACUGCUGGAAACCCCUCAACGCCUUUUUGCCCUUGUCCUUACGCCAACAAGAGAACUGGCCUUUCAAAUCUCUGAACAGUUUGAGGCAUUAGGAAGUACCAUUGGCGUGCAAUGCGGUGUCAUUGUGGGUGGAAUGGACAUGGUCACCCAGGCUCUGACUUUGGCCAAAAAGCCUCACGUUAUCAUUGCUACGCCGGGACGUCUGGUUGACCACCUCGAGAACACAAAAGGAUUCAGCCUGAGGGCGCUCAAAUUUCUUGUGAUGGACGAGGCUGACCGAAUCCUAAACAUGGACUUUGAGCAGGAGGUGGACAAAAUUCUCAAGUGCAUUCCCAGGGAACGAAGGACCCUGUUAUUCUCAGCCACCAUGACCAAGAAGGUGGAGAAGUUGCAGCGAGCGUCACUUACCAAUCCAGUUCUGGUUCAGGCCUCAAGCAAAUAUCACACUGUGGACAAACUUCAGCAAUAUUACCUUUUCAUUCCGGCUAAAUUUAAGGACUGCUACCUUGUGUCCGUGUUGAACGAUUUGGCUGGAAAUAGUGUUAUGGUUUUCUGCUCCACUUGUCAAGGAGCAAUGCGACUGGUGCUGAUGCUGCGCGCCCUUGGCAUCCACGGAGUGCCCCUGCAUGGUCAAAUGUCGCAAAACAAACGUCUGGGUGCCCUUAACAAAUUCAAGGCCAAGACUAGCAAAAUUCUUGUCUCUACAGAUGUUGCUUCAAGAGGCCUUGAUAUCCCUCACGUUGAUGUUGUCAUCAACUACGACAUCCCUACACACAGCAAAGAUUACAUUCAUCGAGUCGGCAGAACUGCGAGAGCGGGACGCUCAGGAAAGUCCAUUACUUUUGUGACACAGUAUGAUGUUGAGUUGUACCAACGGAUUGAACAUCUUAUUGGGAAGAAACUUCCCCUCUACCCAACAGAGGAGGAGGAAGUUAUGGUUCUGAAUGAGCGUGUCUGUGAGGCCCAGAGGACUGCAAGAAUGGAACAAAAAGAUAUGGAGGAUAAAAAGGGCAACCGAGGCAAAAGGAAAGGCGGCAGAGACGACGAUGAUGAUACUGAGGAUGCUCCUGGCGUUAAGAAACACCUGAAGAAGGGCAAAUUUUCAGGCAAGAAAAGACGAUGAUUUUUUUUUUUUUUUUUUUUUUUGUGAAUU